UGCUUGGAGCUCCUUCGUUUAGGUACGCCGCGUACGCUCUUUCUCUCCUUUUUCUCCUAAUCUUUUUCUUUCCCUCCCAAGAGUCCCAUUUUUGUGAUCUUCUUCAUGGUACACACAACUUAAAGACUUCAAUCACUCACUCAACACUUUCAGAUCGGUGUCUCUCUUGGACAAAUUGACGAGCUGAGUUGAAAGCUGAAGCCCUCCCUCUCAGCUCAACUUUUCCUCAACCAGUCUACGGGUUUUCACCCUGUCCUGUUGGCUGCAGAAAAAUGACUUCAUUGCUCUUUGUCAUGGCCCCUCAAGGUGAAGGUUACAAAAUUCAGAAAGAAAUGGAAAUGUGAAAGGUAGCUAGGUGAAUUGAAUAAAGAUGCCUCUUUACGAUUGCAUGCUUCUGUUUAAGCCCCAUACAAGGAAGGAAUCCCUCAUGGAUUUAGUUGCAAGGGUGGGAAAACAUGUCUACAGAAGAAAUGGGGUUGUCACUGAUCUUAAGAGUUUUGGAACAGUUCAGUUGGGCUAUGGUAUAAAAAAGCUAGAUGGCAGAUUUUAUCAGGGGCAACUGAUGCAAUUGAGCAUGAUGGCUACACCCAACAUCAACAAAGAGCUGCAUUAUCUAAACAAGGAAGACCGGCUACUACGUUGGCUUCUAGUUAAACAUCGAGACACAAACUUUGGGCUUGACUUCAUGGGGGAUGAAGGUAGAAUUGAGCUGAGCAAACUCUCCCAAAGCAGAAGAAUUGAUGAUGAGGAUGCGGACGAAGACGACGAUGAUGAGGAAUAUGAAGUGAACGAAGAAGAAAAAAAAGUGAACUAAAAGAUAGUUGAGUAUUUUUGUUGGUUUCGAUUAUGGGAGGAUAAAAAAACCAUUGGGUAUUGUAUUGUAGGUGCUAGACAUUUGCUUAGUGAUAGUGCUUGGUAACAAUCAAUGGGCUUGAAGAUGUUAUUUAGUGACAUCUUUGUAGCUUGGUGCUGUCUCUUCUUGCUAUUGGACAAAACAAUAUCUUUGUAGCUUGGGGAAAUAAUUGAUUUAAUACGCCGUUGUCUUGCCCUGGAAUCUAUGAGCUGUUGAGCUCCAUCAAUGUACUUGUGGCUUACUUAAUAUCUCGAGGGAAACAGUUUUUGUUAAAGGAUAAGAGCAAUUUGAAUAUCCAUCAAUCGAUGGCAAUGUAAUAUUUCAUGCAAAAGAAAAAAAAAUCU